CUGCAUAAUAAAUUAUUGGCCAAUCGAAAGUACGAGAAACUCAGGUGUAAAUUUUUUCAUGCCGCUGCACAGGCCCAAAGAAUAUUCUCGCUCUUUCAACAAAAUAGAUCAGCUGAUUUUUGUAUGUUUUUUACGUACCAUUUGAAUGUCUCCGAAUUUUUGUAUGUAGAUGGUCAUGAAAAUCACUAUUAUGAGGAAGGAAUUAUGCCAUGAGUUUGGAAUAAAGGAUGACGCUGAUGAACUAGAGAGCCUGGUCGGGCAUUAUACUUGUCCUCGUUCGUCCCAGGCUUAUGGUCGAAAAAUCGACAUGAUUUUGAAAUGCUCGUCCAAUGUCAAGGUGGAUAUUUAGAGCAGCGAACGGAAAAGGCACCAAAGACAGAUUCGAAAUGGCCUACAUCAAGAAAUUCGUGGAGCAGUCCUUUGGUGCAGGUCGUCUACGCAGUUCCCUUGCUAGUAUUCCUCAUCAAUAUGUCGAUGCGCCAAUGCAACUCCUGAAGAUAGCUGUUCUUUCAAUGACAGCUCUUUCUGCGCAACCCAAGAUACGAAUGAUUUGCAUCAAACUCCACCAGCAGUCUAAAAAUCUCCGUCUGACCACUUCCAACCUGUUCAGCCUCAACACGAAGUUUGGCUUGGAAUUCACCGUAGCCAUGGACUUUGUGAGAAAUUCAGGGUACUUAUACCUUCUGCGACUUGUAGAUCAUGGCCUUGGCCUCGACGACUGCAUUGCUGUUGCCCAUUUCAUCACUGAUUUGGUGAUCCCCACAACGAUUGAAUCCUUAAGCACUGUGAAAAAUACUCUGCGUGGAUCAUCCCGUCGAUAUUACCUGGAAAGUCAGAUCGCAACAGCACAAGCUUCAACAAGCUUCAGUUUGGAGGGCAUCUGCCUAACCUCAUCGAUCAGUCCACCCCAGUGCAAGUCACCCUUUAUAUUCUUCACUCCAAGAAAUAACCGCGUGCAGAAACACAAUAGACUUAGCUCUUGCCACACACAGUACAAGCACUGGCGUUACACCAUUGACCGCGCCCAUGCAGCCUUCCUGAAGCGAGUGCACUCAGAACUCCCCGUUUAAUUUAAUCCUCAACAUGUAGACAUGUUUUCUGACCAAUAAAGUCACUACAUACAAAAAAUAAGAAAAAAUCACAGUGCAAGCAGGAUAAAAUGGAAUGUUUUAUUCUAGAAAGUUGAUGCUUAUUGUACAAACAACA